CCUAAAAAAUAUACAUAAGCUCAGCAAAGUUAGCGCCAGUGGUGUGGUAGUUGUCUCGCGCUGUUGUAACGCCCGACCAUCAUAUGAUGUCAAUAGCUAUCAUAAGAGGCGAGACUACUAUCAGAGCUUCAAUAAUAAUAAUAAUAAUAAUAAUAAUAGCAAAUGCAAUUAUGCUACCAGUGCUGAUAAACCAUUUGCCAUCACCACUGAGCGCUACAAUACCACCACAAGACCAGAGAUCAAGUUAAGCCCAAAGUUAGGCACACUUACCACUAAAAGUAGUGGCACUUGUAUACUAUCUGCUGGUAUUAGUUCACCGAUCAAUACCUCAAUAUCCCAAUUGAAUAGUCGCGCAUAUUCUACACUAACUAUGGGUCUUAUAGCCGGCAAAUGUGACUCAAAAUCGCGUUUUCAGUGCGCCUGUUGUUCAAACACACUGUCCAACUGUAGCUGCAAUUGUGAAAAGUCGACCCGUUGUCUGUGUGCCGGUCCCCGCAAUUUUCAUCGUAUUGGUGUCACUCAACACACCCGCUGGUUCUCAACGACUAACAAAAUGAAUAACCGAGACCUCACUGGUAUGGAUCUACUCCGGGAACCCAAUGUUAAUAAAGACUUAGCGUUUACAACCCGGGAACGGGAGGCACUGCAUUUGAAGGGACUGUUACCACCAUGCAUCCGGACUCAGGAUCAACAGGUGGAACUGGCUAUGGAAAACAUCAGACAAUUAAAAGACGAUUUGGCCAAAUAUAUGUAUCUCCGUGACCUCCAGGACCAUAACAAACGACUUUUCUAUCGGGUACUCCAACUCUACACUUCCGAGUUGAUGCCCAUUGUCUAUACUCCAGUAGUGGGCGCCGCCUGUCAAAAAUAUUCGCUGCUGUUUAAGCGUCCGCGCGGUCUUUUUAUUACCGUACACGAUGCAGGCCGAGUGGACUCAAUACUGGCCAAUUGGCCCGAACCCGAAGUCAAGGCUAUUGUGGUGACCGAUGGCGAACGUAUACUUGGUUUGGGAGACUUGGGAGCUAACGGUAUGGGUAUACCAGUCGGUAAAAUGGCUUUGUAUUCGGCGAUCGGCGGAAUUCCGCCGGAACUGACACUUCCCGUAUGUAUCGAUGUCGGCACAAACAACGAGUCUCUAUUGAACGACCCGUACUAUAUUGGACUCAAACAACAUCGCGUUACGGGCAGUGAAUACAAUCAUCUAAUCGAUGAAUUCAUGGAAGCGGCGGUCAAACGGUGGGGCCGUCAGACGCUCAUCCAGUUUGAAGACUUUGCUAAUAAUAACGCAUUCCGUUUGUUGAAGAGAUAUAAGACCAAAUACUGUGUCUUUAACGAUGAUAUUCAGGGCACCGCUUCCGUAGCUGUGGCCGGCAUUAUGGCCAGUCUGAAGAUUACGGGAACUAAAAUAACGCAACACACGUUUCUGUUUCAAGGAGCCGGAGAGGCUGCUUUGGGAACAGCAGAUCUUAUAGUGAUGGCUAUGGAACAGGAGGGUAUGUCUACCGAUGAGGCCCGCAAUAGAAUUUGGAUGAUCGACUCGAGAGGUUUGGUCACAUUGAGCCGAAACACUGGCAACGACGCCCACAAAAUGCAAUACGCGAAACAAGCGACCGACACAAAGAAUUUGGAAGAAGUGGUCGAUUUGGUCAGACCUUCUUGUAUUAUCGGUGUGUCUGCUGUGUCGGGAGCUUUCACUCCAGCCAUACUGAAAAAGUUGGCCACUUUUCACAAGAGACCCAUUGUGUUUGCCUUAUCUAACCCGACGAGUAAAGCCGAGUGUACCGCUGAGGAGGCCUACAAGCAUACCGACGGUCAAUGUGUGUUCGCCAGCGGCAGUCCCUUUGAUCCCGUCGUUUACAACGGCAAGACGUAUUAUCCCGGACAGGGAAACAACGCAUAUAUCUUUCCGGGAGUUGCACUGGCAGUCAUGGCCUGCGGUGUCAAUGAGAUCAGAGAAGAGGUAUUUCUUGUGGCAGCCAAAGCACUGGUCGAUUGUGUUACCAAACGGGACUGCGAUGUCGGACGAGUCUAUCCGCCACUGGAGACCAUCAACGAGACGUCACUGCGUAUAGCGGCCAAAGUUGCGCAAUGGUUCUACACCGAGGGCUACGCCACACAUCGUCCCGAACCCGACGACAAGUAUCUCUUCCUGAAAGGCAAACUAUAUGACGCCACAUACGAUGGCUCCAGUUUUACCAAUCAUAUCAAUGGUAAGUCUUCGUGGAGCACAUCCAACAACAACAACUUCACCCAUUGAUUGAUACUUUAGUUGUUAUAAUUGAUCCCAAAUCACCAUUUAUUGGAUAAUAUCGAUAUAGUCA